AAUAGAACUACAUAUAUACAGAGAUAGGUGUGAUCUUAGUUAUAUAUUCUCUGAACGUUUACUACGAUAAAGAAGAGAGCCGAUAUUUGAAUGCAGUGACUCCAAAAUUCUAUUGCUUGGUGGUCCUCAUUGGUGAUAAAGACUAUUCCUUCGAAUGCUGUUGUUGGCAUAAAUGUUUGUGAACAUGGAAUCUGAUGUAAUUCUUCAGUGUGGUUUAUCGUUGGUGAAUAUUGCUGAGUUUUACAAACUGUUCGGUGGGAAACACUAUUUCUGGAGCAUGUGUUGUUUGAAAAGGUCAGAAGGACAGACACUGAGAGGAUAGAGAGAAAGAGAGGAAGGAGGAACCAGACAGAACUUAUCUUCAGUGUCUGAUAAUUCAGUGAGUAGUUUGACUGAAGAUUCUUUCAGUUUGCACAGACAACUCCAAAAAAAUGGAGGAUACUGAGAAUAUCACAGUGGCCAGAGAAACUUACCAGGACUCCAAACACGUUGAUCCCCAGGAGAUCAAAUGUACUGCAGCUGCCUCAGAGCCAGUGGAUGGGACCGAUACAACAUACAGUGAACCUAAUGAGGAAAACAAAGUAGAAAAGGUGGAGACAAAACCUGAAGCCAAUAAAGGUGAGACAUGUGAGCGUGGGGUAGGAGUCAACACAUUAAGGGAGGAGGAGAAAGAGACUGCAGUGGAGAAAAAAGAGGAGGUCAAAGAACAAACAGUUAAGGAGCAAAACAAUGAGACAGGGGUUAAUGGGGAAGGAAAUGAAGGUAACAAUGAGUCUCUCGCAAAAGAAAAUCAUAUUAAUAAAGCUGAUGACAUCUGUGAGGAGGAAGGAAAACUUAAGAAGAACAAAGGACACGAGCUGAGAAAUAGCUUUGAAAGUCAAACUGAACAAAAGACAGAGGACAAAGACAAAAAGGAGAUUAAAGAAAAUAAAGAUCAUGUUCAGGACAAGGAAAGAAAUCCGUCAAGAAAAAGUGGAAAAACUUCAUCGUCUGCCCUCAAAGCUCCAAUUAAAUCAUCUGUGUGUCCACGUGCUGCACGGUCUUCUGCCAGAAGAGAAGCCAUGGCCAAGUUUCAGAAGGACCAGACUCCAGGAGUUCGUAACUUCAAAGUUCAACAGACAUCCACAGGCAUGGGCGGUGGAGCUUCAAUUAAACAGAAAAUUAUCCAGUGGUGUAAAAUCAAAACAAAGACAUAUGAGGGUGUCAACAUAGAAAACUUCUCUUCAUCUUGGAGUGAUGGUCUGGCAUUCUGUGCCCUUGUUCACAAUUUUUUUCCAGACGCGUUUGACUUCUCCUCCCUUAAAGCCAGUGAGCAAGAAAAAAACUUCACUCUAGCCUUCAGCACAGCAGAGUCUCUUGCUGACUGCUGCCCCCUUCUGGAGGUUUCAGAUAUGAUACUAAUGGGCAAAAACCCAGACCCUAUGUGUGUUUUUACCUAUGUACAGGCCCUUUGUCAUCAUCUGUCAAAGAUAGACAAAGAGAGGAAAGAGAAAGAGAAAGAGAAAAAGGAGAAUAAGAAUAAGAACAAAGAAGAUGAUCAAGAGGUGGCUGAAGUUCACGAACAAGACAAAGUGAAGGAGGAGAGUGAACAACAUGAGGAAAAUCAAACAGAUCGAGGAGACCGACCAGAAUGAACAUGUUAUAUCACAGAUGCUGUGAAUGAUGUUUAGAAGGAAAAAAGGGGGAAAAAACCUAAGCCAAGGCCUAUAAAUGUAUUGUUUAAUAUUAUUUGGACAUAGGCCUUGGCUUAGGUACAUCAUUUGUUAUCAUAACCUUUACACAUUACUGAAUGUAUGAAUUGAGAUUUUUAUUUAAAGGGUGAAUAAACACGUUAUUCUGUAAAAAAAUAGGUAUCAUAAUGAUAUAUUUACAAUACAAUACAGAGUUUUUCAUUCAUUCAUAUCAUAUCAAAUAAAUGUUGAAACAAUA